AUGACGCGUUGGGUUAACUCGACCACUUUAGUGGCAACAAAUUCAGGUGAAACCGAUGACUUGACUGAAUUAUGCAAUAUACCGCAGUUUGGAUUUCCUUGUACAUCCCCAGAAGGCUCUCCUGAAGGAUUUAGCGCGUCAUUUCAAAAGGCAAUCGAUGAUGAAAUAUUAUUUUGGACAAUGUCAACUGCAAAAGCUUCUGACUUUACUGAUUAUUCAUAUAAGUCGGAUCCUACCACAUUUUUAAGGACAAACUUUCCUGGCGACACGUCACAUGACAAUAUUUAUAACACACCAGUACGAUCUGGAUCAAUCUAUGCAUCUUCACUUGGAAACACUCCUUUGAACACUUUUUCAACUGACAGGGCCAGUUUAUAUAGAGAUCGGUCUAAAUAUUUGAGAUCACCAUCAAUCAGAAAAUUUAGUAGAUUUAAUUCAACUGACAGGGCCAGUCUUUAUAGAGAUCGGUCUAAAUAUUUGAGAUCACCAUCAAUUAGAAAAUUUAGUAGAUUUAAUAUAACACCCAAUGAUCGUAAACGGCAAAAAAGCAAUAAAGACAUGAAACUUAUGACAACUCCUGAAAGAAAAGUUCCUCAGAUUAAAGAUGAUGUACUACAGUCUAAUUUAGACUCAUCACUUUACGAUGAAUUAAAUGAUGAAGGAUAUUCACCUUUAUUGAGUUCACCCAUAACAACUCCUGAUAAUGACGUGUCGUUUUGGACACCUACUGAGUCAAUCAAUGAAGAAUCACAUUCUAAUACUGAUAUUGAGUCACCAAUCUUGAUACUAAAAAGACCAAAUAUCUCCACACCAGUUUUAAUGAAACAAAUGGAUAAGGAUUUAAAACCUUUACCGUCAAUGAUCAACGAGUUUGCAACUAAAUAUGCACAUAUGCUCGAUAAAGCUUAUUUCCAAAAGUACGGACAUGAAAAUAGAGAGUUUAACCAUCCAGAAUCUUCAGAACUAAAUGAAGUGGAUUAUUUUAGUUCAAAUUUCUAUACAAUUGCUGUUAUCGGAUCUGGAGAAUUCUCUGUUGCGUAUAAGGUGGAAGAUAGGAAAUCUGGAGCUUAUUAUGCCAUUAAAAAGACAAAGAAUCCAUUCGUUUCUCUAACCUCUAGAUUUCGAUCUUUGAAUGAAGUUGGAAUCAUGUGGCGGCUUGGAUCGCAUCCAAACUGUGUCAAAUUAGUUGCUGCCUGGGAACAACAUGGUCACCUUUAUCUCCAAACAGAAUUAUGUGAUAACGGCACACUUUUGGACUUUAUUAAUAACAAUACUCUCAGUGAAUCUCAAGUUUGGAAGAUAUUUAUGGAUAUUGCGCUUGGCCUUAAACACAUUCAUGGACAUGACAUUAUGCAUCUGGAUUUAAAACCAGAUAAUAUUUUUAUGGCAUCAAAUGGAGCUUUCAAAAUUGGAGACUUUGGCCUUGCAUCAACCUGGCCAGCAAGUCCUAAUUUGGAGAGUGAAGGAGAUCGGAGAUACCUUGCUGCUGAGGUUUUGAAUGGGCAUUAUGAUAAAUCUGCAGACAUUUUUAGUCUUGGAAUGGUCCUUUUGGAAAUGGUUAGUAAAAUGCCACUUCCACAUUUUGGUAGUGAUUGGAGGAGAUUGCGCAAAGGAGAUUUGACUGGGAUCGAGUUUGAUAAUAUUUCAAAUUCUAUGAUCUCUUUGAUAAAGUCUAUGCUCCAACGAGAUCCAAACAUGCGUCCCACAAUUGAAGAAAUUAUUGUCUAUAAG